AUGAGCUCACGCCACUUCGGUCUCCUGCUUAUUCUCAGCAUAUUUUUCGCAGGGGUAUGCUCGAGGUACACAAGAGGGGAAAAAGAUGAUUUAAUGGAGAUAUGUGGACGAAGUGGAGUCCAGGAUACCGUUUCUGAACGGAUUAUUAAUGGUACACCGGCGACUCCGGGUCACUGGCCGUGGAUGGUGGGGCUGUAUACAGCAGAAGAUCAAUUCUAUUGUGGUGGCGUUUUAAUUACCAGCCAGUUUGUCUUAACUGCUGCUCAUUGCUAUGGAGACAAGAACACUGAAGGCUUUCUUUCAGUUCGUCUGGGAAGUACGAAACGAACUAAUUUUACUAUACACUGUCAACAAAACAAAGACAAAAACGUCCAUCUGGAAAGAAGUGACACAACAGUCAUCCACGAGGAUCUGGAAGAUCAGGUCAUUUGCAGGGAAGUGGAUUACGUCUGUGUACCCCUUCAGGACAACUGUACACUUUUUAUGAAGGAUAUUGCACUAUUGAAAUUAAAAGAACCGGUCAAUAUUACAAAGUAUAUUCGGCCAAUCUGCCUUCCUGAACACUGCGAAGAACCGCCUUCAAAUGCCAGCAUCUAUGGUGUGGGCUGGGGCAGAGUUUAUGAAUUCUAUGCAAUUGAUGGAAUGUAUUACGAUGAGACGUAUGAAUCAUCAAACGAAGGAAAUGAGGACGCCAUCAGUUCUGAUGGUGGUGAGAGUUCAGCAAAAGAGACGAACUAUGCGUCGACGUCGGAAUUAGGAGGCUUUUUGAUAAAAUCUGACCCACAAACCUUGAUGGAAAGAAAUAUAUCCUUAAUUACUAAUGAUCAAUGCAAACGACAGCUUGCCACAGCUGUUCCAAACUACGCCCUAUGCUCCAAAGGGGGAAUAUGCUAUGGAGACAGUGGAGGACCGUUGAUGUAUCAAAAAGAAGGACAGUGGUUUCUUGCUGCCAUUAAUUCUGUUGCAGGCGGUCAUUGCUAUAACCCUGCUCGGCCAGCGAUACAUGUUAUGGUGUCCCACUUUGUUGACAGCUUAAUUUUUCCCUUUAUACGGCAAUAUCAGAAGUCGGAAUCAGCAAAGCAUAACUUAUGUAUCGACGACGAGGCUCGAAAGCGAUGUGUAACUACCUUUUAUGACUCUUACAACAUGUCAGUAGACGAUUCAGAAGGAGACGACAAAACUAGUGAAUCAAAAAGUUAA